CCUCCAGGCAAGCUAUGAUGUUCGAAAUAGUAAGAUACACUCGCGAAUAUAUAGACGAAAACGUUGAUCUAUAUAUAGAAGCGUUUCACGAAGUAUACAGGAAAUACAAUGUUCGCAAAGAAUUUCAAACUCGAGAAGGGGCGCUCGAGGCCAUUUUUCUUCUGCAGGAGAGACACCCAGGGAGUUACAGCUUGAUGGCUAUAGACCCCGCCACUAAAAAAGUUGUGGGACACGUCAUCACAACUGUUUCCGUGCCGCUUUCUUCUCCUCGCACGCCGGGGCAACUCAGCGUUGCCAGUAUCGGACCCGUUUCGGUCAGCCCGCACUACCAAGGCAAAGGGAUUGCCAUGAAAUUGAUGCAAGCCUUAUGCGAGGUAAUGGACGAAAAAAAAGUAGACAGUCUGAGAUUGAUGCAGGACGCUUUCAACCCCAUAUCCUUUUCACUUUAUCUUCGCUCUCAAUUCAUGCCAAAAGAAGCCAUAUCCAUAUUAGAAGGAAUGCCCGACCCCACCUCGAUCGAGCACCUGGCGGAUUUAGAAGCCAGCACAUUAAUCAGAAAGAUAACGCUCGACGACUUGGAUGCGUGCGACCGUCUCUAUGGUCAAGCGCAUCCAGGAUUCAGUAGGAGACUUGAUCUCGAAACAGAGCUGAAAACUAGCAAAAUUUGCACCUCCUUCGCUCUGAUCGACAAAAAUACUCAAGAAUUUGUAGGGUAUUCGGCAUCUAUCCCGGGACACUCCGUGUGCAAAACGGAAGACUAUUUUAAAAUUUUGUUUGUGCGCACAUGUCACCUGUCCAGCGCAGAAAAAGACGAGUACAAUCGAAAAAACGGAAAAACAGAACUAACUUCACUCAAAGAAUACUUCUAUUGCCCCUGGACAUCUCAUCCAGGCCUUCUCAAAUGGGGUGUUGAAUGCGCAAAAUUGAAAAUUUGGAGAAAUGAAACACACAUGGUCCGAGGUGUAUAUUGUGUCAACCCGGAAAUGACUUACAUUCCCGAUUGUUUCCAAUGAGAUUAUCAAAAAACUAUCCACAGAAACUAUAUAAAAUCUACACUUUUAUGAAUGUACACUGAAAACCAUCUGUACCUCACAGAUCCACCUCCUGCUAGAAAACUCACCUUUAUGUUUAUUCAUUUUAACUGAAAUUUUUUUUUUCUACCUGCCAAAAAAAUAAAAUUUCAAAACUAAUGAAGAUUCCCUGUCCUCUAGGAUGUGGUAAGAUAAUCGAAUCAACCAAAAUCCUUGGACACUAUGAAUUCCUCUGUCCCUGCGUGAAAGUAACAUGCCCAUAUGGCUGCGAAAUAUCUGUUAUGCGAAAAUUUCUACAAGCACACAAAGACCUCUGUCCAAAUUACAAAAAACUGCGAGAAACCUAUAAUGCAACCGGCACAUCUCAAGACUGCGUCAAUCCAUUAGAUUGGAUUUUCGAUUCUCUCAGCUCCUAUAAUCUAAAUACCUUGUCCGUCUCAGAUUCAGAUUCUCCUCAACCAUCAAAUGCUACAUCCUCUUCGAUCUCGUCCAAUGUGAUUCGUUACGCCAAUAAAGUCCUUCCUCAACUAGAAGGACUCGGCAGCCCUCAAGAAAACAGAAUCAGGUCCACUCCUUCUAUCCAAGAUCAUCUCUCCCAAGGCAUAGACUCCCUAUUCACUAAAAAAGUCCCAGCUCUACAACCUUAUUACCUCACUGUCAAAAACUUUUACACACAAACUCCCAGACACGAACAUUCAUUCAAGGCACUCUGUUUUGCCGCCCUUUUGUUUGCCUUCUACAUCCUAUCCAGGCCAAUCCUAUGGGUUGUACGAGCCGGUAUAUUGACGUUCAUUCUGUACUCCGUCUGGUUUACUAUUAGCACCAGCGAAUUAGGAAGGGAAGGAAACAUGGACAAAUCCGUCCUCAUCGGCUACAUCACUAUGGCUAUAUACCUAACACUAACUCUACUAUGAUAUCAGUGCUCGACAUAUGCCCUCAUUUUCAAAAUGAGACAACGUCUUUGCAAAAAUAAAUUGUGCUGAAUUGUACUGCUCUGCACAAAAAAAAUGGUAAUAAUAUGUACAUGUCCAACUAAAAACCGCCAAUGCAUUUACAUGAAAA